UAAGGAAGGUAAUAAACGAUCGCAACCACGACGACGACGACGUUGUCCGAGGCCGAAGAUAGUUUAUGCUAGCCCGCAAGGAGCAUACACACCAUAGUGCUCCCACCGUACACACACACACGUGCGCACAUGCACGCUAUAGGGCAAGCGCAUGACCCUUGCCGGUGGGAUAUGCGGGUGGCGGUGGGGAUUGCUGCAAGUAGCAGCAACACACAAAACAUAGCCAAAGACGUUGUCGCUUCAUUUCUUCGCUAACUCCGUGCGGAAGAACAACGCGUUGUCGUCUUCUACUGCUGUUGCUGCUGCUGCUGCUGCUACUGCUGCUCUGGUGCGCCUGUUGUGUACUGUGUGUCUCUCUCUCUGUGUGUGUGUUGUGUACUUUUUUUGCGUGUGUGUGUUGUUUGUGAAAAAUCGCGGUUUUUUUUCCUUGCCUCAAAUAUCACUAUCUUGCGGUGGUCGCGUUACCGUGUGCGUUACUGUGACCGGGCGUGCUGUGCGUGUGCGUGUGUGUGUGCGGUGCGUCCGUGUGUCGUGAGGCUGUCGUAUCGGCUUUCCAUCUGCUCUUCAGAAGCGUAUGCGGGGCCUAGUCCAGGAGAAGAAGGGAGAAGAAGAGGGUGGUCAGUUAGGGGUCAACAAAUUUUUAAGGGGUAAAUGCAUUAAACAAUCGUACACCACAGCUAAACUUUACUAUUUGGAACAUUCAAAACAAAUCUAAACACGUAGUAAUGAUUGGAAGGUUGUUUAAAACUUGUAAACCAUGUUAGUACAAUUUUAAAAUAAAAUUAUUCAAAAAGUUGUUUUGAAAAAGUUAAGAAGUACCAAAAAAUACAACCCCAAAAACAGCCACACUCCAAGCCCUUCUCACUGCUGAGGUCGUUCGGAUUCGCCUUCGAAUGACGGAUGGGAACAGCUUGAACAGAUAGGAAGCACGUAUCUUAUUCAAUGCAAUUGGCCGCUCAAAAACGAAUCGUUAGUAAAAUGCAUACAACUUACAUGUUAAACUAUUAAAACCAAAAAUUGUUUCGAAAACUAAAUUCCCACAAAAAAAAAAAACAAACCAAACGGCAGGCACUGCAGCGUCGCACCGCACACAAGACGAACGAAACGAGCGCUAAACAAAAGAGAAAAAAAGAAACGUAAAGUAAAAGAAGAAAAAGAAUCCCGAAGCAGACGAAAUUGAAGAAGAAGAAAAGAGAAGAAAAAGAAGAGGAAAAAGAGCAAAAGAAAAGCCAAAAAGCCAUAAAGCCAUGUUCUCGAUUGAAUCCAUUUUAAAGUCUCAAAUCUCACAGAGAGUUAGGAUGCAGAUACAGCACGUACGAGAUCUGUGCGCCGUGCCAGGGGCGGCGGCCGAGCUCAACUGUACCGGUGACAUCCUAUCCGUGCAGAACCUGCUGCCGCAGCUAGCGGCACCGGAGAACAAGCCGCACCAGUGCCAGCAAUGCUUGAAGAGCUUCUCCUCCAACCAUCAGCUGGUGCAGCACAUCCGCGUGCACACGGGCGAGAAGCCCUACAAAUGUUCCUACUGUGAUCGGAAGUUUAAGCAGCUUUCCCAUGUGCAGCAGCACACCCGUCUGCACACCGGCGAACGUCCGUACAAGUGCCAUCUGCCGGACUGUGGUCGUGCUUUUAUUCAGCUUUCUAACUUGCAACAGCAUCUGCGCAACCACGAUGCGCAGGUCGAGCGCGCCAAAAGUCGCCCAUUUCACUGCAACUUGUGCGGCAAGGGUUUUGCGACCGAGUCCAGCCUGCGGACUCACACUUCGAAGGAGCUUCAGCUGCAUCUCGGUGUGUUGCAGCAGCAUGCCGCCCUGAUCAGCAACUCGAACAGCGUCACCUGUAACGUGUGCAGUAAAAUCUUUCUUGGCGUCGAAGCACUGAACGAACACAUCAAGUACACGCACAAGGAGGUGGCAGUGAAGCGGCGCGUCGCAAACCAUCCCUGUCCGAUGUGCGGGAAGCAUUACGUCAAUGAGGGUUGCCUGCGAAAGCAUCUGCUAACACAUCCACGCACACCGACGUUCCGUUCGAAUCUUCAGAUGUGGCCAUGCUCGGUGUGUCAGGCCGUAUUUACGCAUGAAUCUGGUUUAAUCACGCACAUCGAACACAUGAAGAUGGACCCGAAGCAUCAGUUUGCCGCCCAGUACAUGUUCACGAAAGCGGUGGUGGAGCAGCGCGAGAAGGAAUCGGCCGGCGGUGGUAGUAGUAUGGUCGGUAUGGGCGGUGUACCGGGUUUAACCGGCUCGAUGGUGACGGUGAAGGAGCUUACGCACAACAGCAUCUCGCCACUAAACUAUUCGGAAAAUUCGUCCACGAUGGGAUCGGAAAAGAAUGGCGAAAGUACGGGCGCUAGCGGUGGUGGUGGCGCCGUUACCGGUGCAGGUGUCGGCGUAGGCAGCGGCAAUAAUGGUGGCGGAGGCGGUGCAGGUGGUAGCGGUGGUGGUGUGGCGACGGGUUCGGUGUUCGAUAAUCACCGUAUGCCCAACCCGCACGGUUUACCCUUCGGUGGUAGCGGGGGCACCAACGGAGGUACCGGUGGCGGGGUAGGCGGCGGUAAUGGGGGUACGAUCGGUGGUACGAACGGUGGUACGAAUGGGGUGGGCGGUAUCUGCGCCGGUGGCAGUGCGCUCGAUAACAAUAAUAGUCAAUUUUCGCGCAUGAUGAUGAUACAGGAGCCGAAGUUCGAGCCGGAUCUGAUGCUGAACGAGGGUACACCGUCGGCGGUGCAGGCGGCGGUGGUCAAUCUCGCGACCGCGAUGCGCAUCGGACAGACGUUUAAGAGCAACACGAUGCACGGCGAGCUGCACGGUAACGCGAACCUUGGUCCGUUGAAGAAGAAAAGUAAUAUGCUUAAUUUUAACGACACCAAAUACACACUAGCUAACCGUCAAAAAUAUCCCGUGGCGUCUACAGAGUCGUCGAUCGGUCAGAACCACUGUCCCGCUACCUCGGAGACGGCGAUACGAAUCCAGCAGGCGGAAGCGAUCCUGCGCUCACAGGCGGAAGCCGCCCUACGUUUGGCAGUGUCCCAGGCCCAAGCCGUCGUCUCAUCGAACGCUGGCAUUGGCAGUGGUGCUGGUGGCGGGGGCGGUGGAGGUGGAGGAGGUACGGGCGGUGGCAAUGGAGUCGGUGGGGCCGGGGGUCCGGGUGGACCGGUCGGUGUACCGCUCGGAGGUAUGCUAGGGCACCAUAAUCCGCAUGCGCUCGUAUCUGGUCGCAGCUGCAACGAGGAUGCCCGUACGGCCAACGAAAACUGCAGCCAGUUCGAUCCAACGGGUGAACAUCUGCGGGCGGCAAUGCGCGAACAUCAGGCGCAGCAGCAAGCGAACGAUGAUUGUCACCCGUUCGCCCACAGUCCCGUACCGCGCAACGGACUGGACCUUACCGAUGAGUUCCUAAAGAGUGAAAAUGUGCUGAAAGGAUGAGAGUAGACGGCAUACUGCUACCACCACUAAAAAAUGCGCACCGAACAAAAGCGCUCCAAAAGCGCACAGAAAUGAAACGGUGUCGCACACGAUGGUAGCUUCCAUUUUGUUUUUGUUUUUUUUUUUAAAGCGACUAUUGUGGGUGUUAAGCACCACCGCAACACGGGGGUUAGUUAUUAUCUACCUUUUUAAUGGUAUAUAAAAUACCUUGGUGCAUUUACUGUUUGUGGGGAGAAGAAUCGAAUGCAUGAGCAACGGCGGAGCGAAAUCGAAUGGAAGAAAUUGAACGCAACUCACUAGCAGAGAACGAAAACGUGAAUCCUAGCAAUCUAUUACGAUUGUGAUUAACCUUCCCGAUUUCGUCCAGAAGCAGAAAAUGGAAGUGCAACGCGGUGUUGCGCACAUCAAAAUGAAAGGAUUAUUUUGUUUUUGCAAAUUAACAAAAAAAAGCAAAAACUUUUAAGACUAAACAACAAGAAAACACGAAACAACUAAUUGAGAAAUGGGAGCGAGCAACAGAACAUGCUCUAAGGCACGACCGAGAAAAGGCAGAAGAAAAUAUUAACAACAAAAAUAACAAAACGAAAUGUGAAGAAAGGGACUCGAUGUGUGAAUUAAUAAGCAAAACAUGAAUUAUAUGUAUAAAAAAAAACAAAACAAACAAAAAUAAACCAGACAGAUCCCCUUUUUGCUGCAUUAUGCCACACUCGGAGCAACAACAAAGAAAAAUGCUCCGAGCUCAAAAAACGAACCAAA